AUGUCGCCUCCACAACUACAGACUGCCAUUAGACAGACCCCCCUUGGGUCCGGCAUCAAUCUUCCCUUGGUGAUCGAUCGAGAGACCCAAGUUCCCAAACCCCGAUCCGAGCACCAUGUUCUGGUCCGCGUCCUGGCCGUUGCACUCAAUCCCAAUGACCAUAAGAUGAUCACACACCUGAACAUGCCGGGCAGCAUUGCUGGAUGUGACUUUUGUGGCCUGGUGGAGUCCUCCAACGGACGCGCCGUACCCGAGUUUCCAGCAGGGACAAGAGUCUGCGGCGCCCUGUUCGCCUAUAACCCUGCCCAUCGAGACAACGGAUCCUUUUCCCAAUGGCUUGUUGCGGACAGUCGACUGUUGGUUAAAGUUCCCGACAACUGGACUAACCUUGAGGCCGCUUCGUUGGGCGUCGGAUGGUCGACCUUGUGCCUGGCGUUGUCGGAUCCUGAGGCCCUGUCACUAGAGGGCCUGCCGACGAAGCCGGGUCAUAAAGAACAAGACCCGGUGCUUGUAUACGGGGGUGGUACGGCUUCAGGCACACUGGCCUGUCAGCUGUUAAUGCUCAUGGGAUACACCCCAAUAGCAAUCGCCUCCGAAUUAUCCGCAGGACUAGCGGUCAAUUAUGGCGCCGUUGCUACAGCAAGCUACACGUCUAAGAACUGCGUAGAUACCGUCAAGACCUUGGCAGGGAAACCCAUCCGCCACGCGCUCGACUGUAUAACAGACAUGGAAUCUGUGCCAAUCUGCUUCGCCGCGCUUGCACGAACAGGUGGCCGCUACGCGUGCUUGGAGGAAUGCCCUGAAUCAUGGAGAACACGACGGGCAGUGCGCGUCAAGGAGGUGAUGGGGUUCCAGAUUCUUGGGGAUGACAUGGACUUGGGGGUCUCGACCUACACGCGACCGAAGGACCAGGGACUAAUGGACAUCGGGAUGGUGUGGGCGAAGGAGAUGGAGAUACUGAUGGAGACGAAGCAGAUCAAACCGCAUCCUUUGAGGGAGGUUUCUGGGGGCUGGGAGGGCAUUAUUAGGGGACUUGAGAUGCUGAGGAAAGGGGAGGUGCGUGGGCAGAAGCUUGUAAUUCGAAUUCCCCAAGAGUAG